CACGGCUAUACUGUUCACCUAAUCCCAAAGGGUCUAACCCCUCUUCGCCCCUUCCUUUCAAAGCUUUCCAGAGAAGCUUAGAACCUCAAGGUCAGUUGGUACCUUAGCUGGUCUGUCCUGGAAGGAAGACAGGUGGGCGCAAGGACGGGACGGGGGCAGAUAGAGAGAGCGAAAGAGUGUGUCUUUUUCCAAUCACCAAUCUGCUCCUCUGCUCCGCCUCAUCCAUCAACCCCUUUCUUUUACUUUCCCUUGACUCCUACCCAUCCCAAAACCCUGCCGUACCUUUUCCGAUACUGGAAAGAACUACCUUUCUUGCCGCGAUUGCCCGGAUCGAGCAGUCGCUGCAUGACUUGCAUUUGUUUUAACCAGAAAUUCUUGCUUCCGGCGAAUGCCUUUUUGCUGUUUGUUGGGUUGGUGAAAUCUGGAGUUCCGAUGAGAUCUGGAUGGUUCAGAAUGUGAUCUGAUGUCCAAGGUUUUUUAUUUGCUGAAUUUUGGAACAGAUGGCGUCGGCUCCGGCCGCGGCUCCGAUGUUUGAGCGCCACAGACUUGUAGCAUCUAACACGGUGUUCAAGAGCGGGCCCCUUUUCAUAUCAUCGAAAGGAAUUGGUUGGAAAUCUUGGAAGAAGCGUUGGUUUAUCCUUACACGCACUUCAUUGGUUUUCUUCAAAAGUGACCCUAGUGCAUUGCCUCAGAGAGGCGGUGAAGUUAAUAUCACUCUUGGUGGUAUUGACCUGAAUAAUUCUGGAAGUGUGGUUGUGAGGGAAGACAAAAAAUUGUUGACCGUCUUAUUUCCUGAUGGCCGCGAUGGAAGAGCAUUCACCCUUAAGGCAGAGACAAUGGAGGAUUUAUUUGAGUGGAAAACUGCUUUGGAACAAGCCCUGGCACAAGCUCCAAAUGCUGCCCUAGUUAUGGGGCACAAUGGAAUAUUUCGUAACGAUAAUAAUGAUUCGUUUGAAGGAUCGAUUCAGCACUGGAGAGACAAGCGGCCCAUAAAAUCAUUGGUCAUUGGAAGACCAAUUUUACUCGCACUAGAAGACAUUGAUGGGGCACCUUCCUUUCUGGAAAAAGCUUUACAAUUUUUAGAGAUUCACGGAAUAAAAGCAGAAGGGAUUUUGCGACAGUCGGCUGAUGUUGAGGAGGUUCAGUGCAGGGUUCAGGAAUACGAGCAAGGGAGGACAGAGUUUACUGCAGAGGAGGAUCCACAUGUCAUCGGUGAUUGUAUUAAACAUGUUCUCCGGGAGCUACCAUCAUCUCCAGUUCCUGCAUCCUGCUGUAAUGCGUUGCUGGAAGCAUAUAGAUUUGAACUUAGGGAAGACCGUUUGAAAGAAAUGCGUUCUGCAAUAUUGAAUACAUUUCCAGAGCCAAAUCGUAAGCUACUGCAGAGGGUUUUGAAAAUGAUGCACACCAUUGCUUUGCAUACUACUGAGAAUCGGAUGACUCCAUCUGCUGUUGCUGCUUGUAUGGCACCUUUGUUGCUACGUCCCCUUCUUGCUGGUGAAUGUGAACUAGAUGAUGACUUUGAUGCAAACUGUGGUACUUCUGCUCAGCUUUUAGCUGCUGCAAAUGCUGCGAACAAUGCUCAGGCCAUCAUCACAACUCUUUUGGAGGAGUAUGAGAAUAUUUUUGAUGGUUGUAAUCUUCAAAGAUGCUCUUUAUCACCAGGCUCUCAUAUUGAAGAUAGUGAUAGUGAAGAAUCUGAUGAAGAUGAACAUAUAAAUGUCAAGGAUGCUGGAUAUUGCAAUGCUGAGAAGGAUAAAGAUGCAGAAAUGAAUGUUGAUCCUGAACGCGUGCUUAGUGGAAAGCUGAGUGAAAGCAGUGGUUAUGCAGGCAGUGACCUUUAUGACUAUAAGGUUUUUGCCAGUGAUGAUUCAGAUGCUGAAUCUCUUACAGAUAAUAAGGAUUCAUCAACAAAGACCAGACCGCUUGGGGUUUCUCAAGAUAAUGGUGGACAUGGUCCACCAAACGAAAAUUUUGAUGACUCUUUCUCCAAGAAGGAUUCCCUAAAUGUGUUGCCUUUACGUGAAACUCCUCUUUCAAUGGGGGAGAUUUUGUCAUCAUUAGAUUCUGGGAUUCCUUUUCCCUCUCAUACAGCUGAAUAUUGUGUGGAUAGACAUGUGACUAAGCUCAAUGGGUCUCAUGGUCAUACAAAGAGGACCCCCAAUUUUUGGGGUCGUAACAAUGCCAGAAAGAAUCAUUCAAUGGAUUCUGUCGACUCAUCUGGUGAAGAAGAGCUUGCUAUUCAGAGGCUUGAAAUAACAAAGAAUGACCUUCGCAUGAGAAUUGCCAAAGAGGCCAAAGGCAAUGCCAUUUUGCAGGCUAGCUUGGAAAGAAGAAAGCAGGCAUUGCAUGAUCGUCGCUUAGCACUGGAACAAGAUGUGUCAAGGUUGCAAGAGCAGCUGCAAGCUGAGAGGGAUCUUAGGGCUGCCCUGGAGGUUGGGUUAAGCAUGUCUUCUGGGCAGUUUUCUAGUUCUAGAAGCAUGGAUUCCAAGACAAGGGCAGAACUUGAGGAGAUUGCACUUGCUGAAGCAGAUGUUGCUCGAUUAAAAAAGAAGGUUGCUGAACUGCACCUUCAGCUUAAUCAACAACGGCAACAUCAGUGUAGCUUUGUUUCUGAUGAUGCUGAUCACUAUCAACAUUUUCCAACGCAUCUUUCUCAGCCGAAAGUUGUUCAACAAGACUUCGACACUAGCCUUGCUUUUCUCAGCCAUGAGAAGAAGCAGAGAAAUGAGAAUAUAUCAGGAGGGUCAAAUUGGAGAAGUAUCAUCCCCCAAGCUCUACCUUUUCCUGGCAACAAUCAUUUAUCUUGUAAAAUUUCUCUUGAGGGCGGUCCUAGUGAUACAAAAGGAGUGGAAGCAUCCUCAAGCUUCUCAUCAGAGACCAAUCCCAUCAUGGCUAACACUCCCAAACUACCUGAGGGAACGGAGUAUCUGAGACAGCCUGCGGUGGCAUCCUCAACUCUUAUAGAACUAACUACACGUCUUGACUUCUUUAAAGAACGAAGGUCCCAACUCUUGGAGCAGUUGCAUAAUCUUGAACUGAAUCAUGGAAUGUCUUCUCAAGGAUUUGCAUAUGAUCCUUCCUCCCCCCCUUGGAACAGUCCAAGAUGAGAUGGUAUGAGAUGAUUCUUCUCUUCUCUUCUGUAUUUUCUUCAUUGAAGCUCUUUCUGCUGUAUUCACCAUUUUCGUCUUGUUUUGAAGACUUGUUAGGGUUGUAUGAAAUGCCUCCACUUACCAAUUUGUGACCACUUAGCAAUGUAAAUUAUGUCUAGGUUUUUUUUUUUGGUCCCAGCUUCUGUUGGUUUCUUGUCCUUGAUUAGCACUGUUAUUGUAAGAAUGUUAGGUAUAUGCUGUUUCUUUUAAAUUUUUUGUUAGUAUGUAAACAUGUACAAAUUUAUAUAUAGCUAAUCUCUUGCAAACA